AUGGCAACUUUCAACUCCAUGCCGGCGCUGCAGUCAGGCGCCAGUCCAGGAGACGCCGCCAUGGGAUUAAAUGCCAUGUCAGGGUCCGGCCUAGGCAUCGAGCCUUUCGAACCUGAUCUCAACUUUGAUGAGUCGAUGCUCGAAAACGUCAAUGGAAAUUUACCUCCUUUACCUUUUACUCCCUCUUACGACUUCGAAACCUUCUCCACAACGUUCGAAGACCCCUUUAACUAUUCGAAACCAUACGAGGCCGCGCCGCAUACCGAGGACUUCCACGAUGAAGGGUCAUCUCCGCAACAGCCGGAUGAUAAGCUUCUUAGCUUCUCUGCGACGGCCGCGAAAGCUACUCCCCUAGAUGAUGCGCUAGGCGCAUAUUCCGAAGUAUCCAUGUCGGCGGAGCUAUAUGGCAUGUUCUUCGUUGCCGAAGAUGUGUUCGGCGGCGACUCAAGCGGACGGCCUCUAGAGCUGACGUGUUACCGACGAAACUUAUGGCAGUGUUCGGGACAGGUAACCAUGCCGCGCCACUGCACGCAGGUCGUAAAUGAGCAAGGCCGUGCUAUACCUAUUAUAGAAUUCUUCGCUUCGAUAUCUGCCAAGGAGAGCAUUGAGGGGAAGUCCACCGAGAUUAUUUCUAUCCCGUGGAAAAGUAGCAAUCCAGCAUUGGGCGAAGGGCAAGAAACCAAAGUGGCCAGCGCUCCGCCGAAGAUUGCUCUCGACCUGACCGGCGGCCAGGAAGUCGACGGUCACCGGGUCAGCAUACCGGUCUCCUGGAAGCGCUUACAAUUCAAGAGCGCAACGGCAAACAAUGGCCGACGAAAAGGACUACAGCAGCAUUAUGUGGUUCAGAUCAGCCUCUUAGGAAAGAUGAAGACAGGUGGAGAGCUUAUGAAAAUUGCAGAAAUCCAAAGCGGUCCGGUCAUUGUGCGAGGACGCAGCCCGCGAAAUUUCGAUAGCAGAAAGGACGUACCUCUAACCGGAGACAAAAAAGCUCCUAGUAAUGGGGAUCGAGCCCGAACUCAUAGCGACGCAAGUACGGCGUCAAACUUAAAGAUAGAGCGGACGGAUUCUUCGCAUGGAUUACCUAACUAUUCGUCGUCAUCUCUAGGUAAUACGACGCCUACGCCGUCCUGGGGGACCCCUUCAACACCUGCAUAUGGUGGGCAAGCAAAUUCCCAGGCACAUCCAGCCAAGAAGAUAGCGCUCUCUCCAAACAUAAACCGACCUCCCGUUCCGUCUUGGGGCAAGGAAUUGGGUAAGAUGCAUGCGCUAGGCAGUCAUACGAAAAACAAUCCACCAGCUCCAUCCGUACCGAUCAAUCUAUCUCUAUCCGAGGAUGAACGAAGCCCAAAUAAUCGCUCUACCUCGGACUCACUCACCAGCCCGAGGCUGCACCGGACGUCCACAAGCCAUGGCGCUGCCGGUAGCCCGAUCGAAGAGGAGGAGGAAUUAUACGAAUAUUUCCCGCUAAGUGUAGAUGAUUGGACACCUCUAGUGGACACCGUAUAUCGGCCUCAUAUAGUUCACCACAUCGCGGUGCCACAAGAAAUCAAAGCGCAACAGAUUAGGAAUAAGUCUAAGAGAUAUUUCUCGGCGGAAUAA